CCGACCUGUUUACAGAUCUACCUGCAAUAUCGUUGUCCCAGAGUGUUGAACUUUCAAGCUCCUGUAAGUGAUUGCCUUGCCUAAACAGUCCACACUGUACCCAAUUGGGUUAGUUUUGGGUCCCAUUCAUCCACUUGAGUCUAUUCAACACCCACUUUAUAAUCCCUUAAAUAUCCAAAAUUUUACUCCCUUUACAGCUCCUUUUUUUGUCACUUGCUUCCUGCAUUUUCAGUCGUAGGCUGCCUCAUUCGGUCAGUCAAAUCUCUGUUUGAUAUUCAAAAUUCUGAAUGCUCACAUGACAAUUUUACAAUGCUCCAAAUAUAUAUAAUGGGAUGCUUCUGAGAUGAUCAUGGGGGCAUUCCACCGGCUUGUUAAAUUUCUGGGGUUUUAACUGCCUUUUCAGGAUCUAUAAGCAUAUUCAGAUAUGCCUGAACUGGUCGAGCAUCUCCGUAAAUCGCGUCUCCUGCUGUGUAUCUUUGUUGCAUUCCUGUUAAAUACUCUUGCGACUUCAGAUAUUCCCUUGGGUUCCAAAAUUUCUGUAGCCGAUAAAACCAUAUGGAUCUCUCCAAAUGGUGAUUUUGCAUUUGGAUUUUUUAACCGUUCAGACCAGCCAAACUAUAGUUUCGGGAUCCGUCUCAUUUCGAAGUCUUUUCCUCUUGACCAACAACUUUUGGUAUGGAGUGCUGCAGCUGAUCUUAUUAUUGGUAACAAUUCUUAUGCCCAGCUGACCCAGGAUGGCGAACUAGUUUUAUUCGAUUCCUUGAAGAGUGUCACUGCAUGGACCAGUAAAACAAGGCAAUUAUCAGUUGUUUCUGCUGCUCUUAAUGACAAUGGAAAUCUUGUUCUAUUGAAUCAAGAGAAACAUAUUGUUUGGCAAAGUUUUGAUACUCCAUCUGACAUACUUCUUCCUGGACAGAGCUUCUCUACAUUGCAAACACUUCGAGCUGCAAGCAAGAAUUGUGUGUCCAGUUACUACACUCUUUUUAUGAGUGCUUCUAGUCAGUUGCAACUUCAAUGGGAAAGCCAUGUCACCUACUGGAGAAGUGGAAGCCUUUCUAGUUCAAACCUCAGUGCUUUCAUCACUUCUGAUGGAGCCCUACAACUCCGCGACCAAAGCUUGAAACCUGUGUGGUCACUGUACAGUCAAGAUCACAAUGACUCCAUAAGCUACAGGUUUCUUCGGCUAGAUGUUGAUGGUAAUCUCCGAUUAUACUCAUGGGUAGAAGAUUCAAAGUCAUGGAGAUCAGUCUGGCAGGCUGUUGAGAACCAGUGUGAUGUCUUUGCAACCUGUGGCCAACGUGGUAUCUGUGUCUUCAAUGAAUCUGGGUCCCCUGAUUGUGAAUGUCCAUUUAAGCAGCAGACAAAUGAGUCCACUUCCAGAUGUUUUAUUCCAAAUAAUCGCUGUUCUUUUGGUUCCAACAUGCUUCAUUAUAAGCAUACUUUCCUACAUGGAAUGUACCCACCAACUGAUGAUGUAGUUGCCAAAGUUAGUCUAGAGGAAUGCAAAAGCUUGUGUCAGAAUGACCUGGCUUGUACAGCUGCAACAUUUUCAAAUGAUGGAACUGCACGAUGCUUAAUUAAGAGAACACCGUAUGUUACUGGCUAUUCAGACCCCUCACUGAGUUCAGUAUCUUACGCAAAGAUGUGUGCUGAUCCAUUAGCUGUAAACCCCAAUCUCUCGUUGUCUUCCCCUCCUCCACUCAAUCGGUCUCAUAAGUUUUGUUUCCCUUGCCUAAUUGGAGCAGCGGCAGGAAUGUUCAUUGUAUUUAUUUUAGUUCAACUGGCACUUGGUUUCUGGUUCUACAGAAGAAGAAUUUCGGUUAGGAAGAAAGCUGCUUUUGCUCAUACCAGCCCAAACUCAAACGGCUUGAUAGUGUUAUCCUUCUCUGAAAUAGAGGAUCUUACAGAGAACUUCAAAUAUCAGAUUGGGCCAAAGAUGUUCAAAGGCGUUCUUCCAAAUAGAAAACCAGUUGCUAUCAAAGAUGUGGAUGCAAGUGUAGAAGACAGAAAAUACCGGGGUGUAGUUACAAAGAUAGGUAACAUUCAUCACAAAAGCCUUGUAAAGCUGCAGGGCUACUGUUGUGAGGUAGAUCACAAAUUUCUGGUCUAUGAAUAUGUCAAGAAUGGUUCUCUGGAGAAGUAUAUAGAAGAUCUUAAAUUGUGUAAGAAGCUGACUUGGGGGAAGAGAUUUGAUAUAUGCUUAAGUGUCGGAAGGGCCGUCUGUUAUCUACACACAAGCUGUAGGGAAUUUAUGAGCCAUGGGAAUUUGAAAUGUGAGAAUGUUGUACUUGAUGAAAAUUUAGAGGCCAAGGUGACUGAAUUUGGACUUGGGAACAUAGUCAGCAAGGUAUCAUGCUCUUCAUGCUCAUCUGCUGAGAGAGAUGUGGAGGACUUUGGUAAGAUGGUGUUAGUAUUAGUAAGUGGCUGUCGAGUUGGGGACCUUUGUGAGUGGGCAUACAAAGAGUGGCUGCAAGGGCAUCCAGAGAAUGUGAUAGACAGGAAAAUAAUUGGCGGGUUUAUUCCACAAGAGCUGGAACGUGCUUUAAGAAUUGCAUUUUGGUGUGUCCAAAUUGAUGAACGUAGAAGACCUCCAAUGAGAGAGGUGGUUAAGGUGUUGGAGGGCACCUUGAGCGUUGAUCCACCACCACCCCCUUUUUCUUGUCAAUGGCCACGAGAUGACAAAGAGGAGCCAUAGAAUCCAGCUAUAUGGAAGAUAUUUUAUUAUAUUUUAGAAAUAUCUUCAAGAGUUUUAAGCUGUGCAUAGUAGGACUAACAACACAAUGACAAUUUAGCCUUGUGUUCUUGUCUUUGAGAUAGUCCUAGCAAGAGAUUUACCCCCUAUCGGAGCUUUGGCUUUAUGAAAUGCCAUUUUUCCAUUUAACUUUUGAAUUUUGUGUCUAACGUUGAAAUGAAUUUUACAUUUAUGCCCUCUCUUUUUCUUGGCAUAGAAGAAUAAUUACGACACUAAUGAAGUCCCUGCUCUCUUCCAAGUUGCCAAAUCCAGUUUUCUUAGGUAUGUAUUCUCAUUUCAUUUUCAUCAUUACAUGGCCUAAAGAUCUGGCAGUUUUGUAUUUUGGUUAUGAGAGGGGUUUGCUUUUCUUGUUAUUGUUAAUGAAAAAACUGUUGUAACUUGCUUGAAUUUCUAAGGCUAAAAGUUGUGGAUUUUGUUGGAUUUCUUUUGUCAAAUUGUUGCUUUCCCGAUGUUUUAGUUGAUUGGAUUUGUAGCUUUCCUUCCCUUUGGAUAAAAAGGAGAAAAAGGGAGGCCAAAAACUGACAUCCUUUGAUUGUCUCCGGUGGUGGAGUUGGUAGGAUUUGCUGAAGUUGUAGAAGGUGUGAAGUGUUUCGUAUACUUGCUUGAGAUGGUAGUCAUCAACUCCCUGACCCAAUAUUUGGCUAAAAGCAAGAACUAUUACUAUGUGUUGGAUACGUGAAUACAGUGUGACCUUGUAUUUACUCCAAUGUUAUCCCUGGUUGUUGUGCUUUGACAUUUGCUUUGAUUUUUCCCUUUUGAUUGAGAGCUUCCUUGGCUAUAUGCCCCAGUUUAUCGGUCGCUUAAGACAACGUUUCUUGAGCAACUUUACCACUUUGGAAUGGAAAUGUUUCUUUGAUAUGGGGAAUUUGGCAAAUUUGUCCAUUUCAUUAUCAGACCCUCACCCUGUUCCAUUCAAAAUAAACAUUUGGAACAUGAGAAAUCUUUGGCCAAUCUUCUCCUGUAUCGUGCUGGCAUCUCCUCUCCAGAUCAGGACACUUUAUGAUUCUAAGUUUUGUUAAGGCAGUGAGGCGAUUCAUCUCCUCUGGCAAAGACAACAGUUUGGGACAUGAUCUGAGGCCAAGCAUUUUAAGCGAUGUGAAACUCGUCAACCACCCAGGUAAUGCCUCCAAAUUCUCCCAAUCUAAUAUAGACUUGACUUGUAGUGUGUGUUGUGGCUCCUUGAAACCAUUCUGUUGUUUGCCCUAAUUUAAUUUUUACACGAAGGGAAAGCAGAUGGAGGAGAUAGAUCAAAGACAGGUUUGUGCUCGAAAAUGUGUCUCGCCCCUCUCACAUGACACCACUUAACAGAAAGUUUGAUGAAGUUUUUUAAAUAUAAAGGUAAGGAGUUAUUUGGUUGUCUUGUACUAGUUAAAGUGAUAAAUGGGCAAGAAAAAUAGUUAAGGGGUGACUAGCAGCCUUGUGAUAGUUCUGUGAGGGGUGGAUUUAUUUUUUCCUGGGUUUUGUAAACUUGUGCACAUGGGACUGUACACAACCUUGAUGGUUACUUUCAGAUCCAUGCCAAAAUAUGUGGUGACAGGAACAGGAGUUGAUGUGACCAAUGCAUUUUUUUUCCCAGAUUCCUUAAUGUAUGGUAAUUCUCUUGUCAGCUGGACCUAGUAUUUAUAAAGCCUAUCUUUUUUCCGUCUUCCGGCUGAGUUGCUGCAUCGCAUUUGGGAUUAGUUCAUUCCGUUUCCAGCUGCAUUUUCCUUUUUCUUUGGUGCUUCUGAGAAUUGGGUUUCGCCUUCAAGAUUGUAUAAAGCAUUGCAACUUUAACUUGAAUGACAAGCAACAAACUUUUCACUCUGUGCAAGUCUUCGGGGCUUGAAAAUCAAGAAGUUGAUUAUUGUUUAGUGAAGCUUUCGAUUGAUUAUUGUUUAGUGAAGCUUUCGAUCUGCUUAAUUAAAGCUUGUGGUCAGGUUGUGUCGUAUGGUUAGCUGAAAUCUAACAGGGAAGCCCCUUUGUGAGUGGGCAUACAAAGAGUGGCUGCAAGGGCAUCCAGAGAAUGUGGUAGACAGAAAAAUAAUUGGUGGGUUUAUUCCACAAGAGCUUGAACGUGCUUUAAGAAUUGCAUUUUGGUGUGUCCAAAUUGAUGAACGUAGAAGACCUCCAAUGAGAGAGGUGGUUAAGGUAUUGGAUAGCACCUUGAGCGUUGAUCCACCACCACCCCCUUUUUCUUGUCAAGGGCCACGGGAUGACGAAGAGGAGCCAUAGAAUCCGGCUAUAUGGAAGAUAUUUUAUUUUAUUUUUGAAAUAUCCUCAAGAGUUUUACGCUGUGCAUAGUAGGACUAACAACACAGUGACAAUUUAGCCUUGUGUUCUCUUCUUUGAGAUAGUCCUAACAAGAUAUUUCCCCCCUCGGACUUGACUAUAAUGAAAUGCCAUUUUACCAUUUAACUUUUGAAUUUUGUGUUUAACGUUGAAAUGUAUUUUACAUUUGUGCCCUCUUUUUUUCUCUGCAUAUAAGAAUAAUCACAACACUAAUGAAGUCCCUGCUCUCUUCCAAGUAGCCAAAUCCAGUUUUCUCAGGUAUGAAUUCUCAUUUCAUUUUCAUUAUUACAUGGCCUAAAGAUCUGGCAGUUUUGUAUUUUGGUUAUGACUUAUGAGAGGGGUUUACUUUUCUUGUUUAUUGUUAAUGAAAGUACUGUUGUAACUUGCUUGAAUUUCUUUUGUCAAAUUGUUGCUUUCCCCAUGUUUUAGUUGAUUGAAUUUCUCGCUUUGCUUCCCUUUGGAUGAAAAGGAGAAAAAGGGAGGCCAAAAACUGACAUCCUUUGAUUGUCCCUGGUGGUGGAGUUGGUUGGAUUUGCCGAAGUUGUAGUAGUUGUGAAGUUUUUCGUAUUCUUGCUGGAGAUGUUAAUCAUCAACUCCCUGACCCAAUAUUUGACUCAAAGCAAGAACUAUUACUAUGUAUUGGAUACGUAAAUACAGUUUGAUUUGUAUUUACUCCAAUGUUAUCCCUGAUUGUUGUGCUUUUAGAUUUGCUUUCAUUUGUCCCUUAUGAUUGAGAGCUUCCGUGACUAUAUUGCCCAGUUUAUCGGUCGCUUAAGACAACGUUUCUUGAGCAACUUUACCACUUUGGAAUGAAAAUGUUUCUUUGAUAUGGGGAUUUGGCAAAUUUGACCAUAUCAUUAGCAGACCCUCACCCUGUUCUAUUCAAAAUAAACAUUUGGAACAUGAGAAAUCUUUGGCCAAUCUUCUCCUGUGUCGCGCUGGCAUCUCCUCUCCAGAUCAGGACACUUUCUAAUUCUAAGUUUUGUUAAGGCAGUGAGGCGGUGCCAUCUCCUCUGGCAAAGACAACAGUUUGGGACAUGAUCUGAGGCCAAGCAUUUUAAGCGAUGUGAAACUCGUCAACCACCAGGUAAUGCCUCUUCUCAUAAUCUAUAAUAGACAAGACUUGUAGUGUGUUUGUGCUCCUUGAAACCAUUCUGUUAAUUGUUGCCCUAAUUCGACUUUUACACGAAGGGAAAGCAGAUGGAGGAGAUAGAUCAAAGACAGGUUUACGCUCGAAAAUGUGUCUGAUUCUUGUUUUUAGGAUUGUCACUUCAUGAAAAAGUAAUAAAUGUGUGGAGCUCUCUUUAUUUCUUUUUCUUGCCAUCAGGAGGGUAACUCCAAUAUAAUUUGUUCAUGUAGUAAUGUCAGAUAAGAUUAAAACUGAGUCUCAUAUGUGAUUUCCUUCUAAGUAGCUGGAUGGUGCAUAACGUGCCCGUGUUCAGGUUCAUGCCAAGCUCACGCUUCGUUAGGCCGAUUGUUUUAUGCGAUCAAGAGGGUGAUGCCAAUCGCUCUUUUUGUAAUGUCAGAUAAGAUUGAAAACUGAGCCUCAUUUGUGAUUUAAGAAAUUUGUUCGAUUUCUAGAAUGUAGCUGAAAGGUGCAUAUCAUGCUUCUUUUGGUCGAUUGUUAUAACUUCUAAAUUAAUUUGUUCUGGCAUUGGAAUUCUAAAAGCUAUUUGCCAAGUGAGGUGGUGAGUAAUGCACCACAGAAGUAAAUUUAUUUUUUCGUGGGUUUUGUAAACUUGUGCAGAUGGGACUGUACACAACCUGGAUGGUUACUUUCAGAUCCGUGCUAAAGAUGCGGUGACAGGAACAGGAGUUGAUUUGACCAAUGCAGUUUUUACUCAAAAGCUUGGUGUGGUCAUGACAGAAAAUCAGCUGGAGUAGUUUUUUUCCCAGAUUCCUUAUUGUCCGGUCUUCAGGUCUUCAGCUCGUGCCGUAUGGUUAGCCAGAAUCUAACAGGGAAGCCCCCUCCGCCAUGGCCAAGCUUUAACUGCUAGUUGUGACAAUGGAACGGCUUUGUAUGUGCCUAAUUAAACGCUGAAUUCCUCUGAUAGUUUUACCUAGUUUGAUGACGGUGAAAACACCAACCGUCGGAGUUACUAGAUUGGAGAAUACCGCUUCUAAAAAACUUGAGUUUCUGAGAACAAAUAAGUAGAGACACACAAUGUGACUGAUAAGGAAGGAUUUUGAUUUAAAUUGAGUAAUAUUACAAUAAGUAGA